GAAGAAGUAGAAGAAGAAGCACUGUUGUGUUUUUAGGUCAGAGUUUUAGCGUUUUAAAGUUGUUGUAGAUAUUUGUUUUACAGCAGCACAAACAGACAUGUUCCACUGCAUGGCAAGGAAUGUGUGUAGCAGAAGAAGACUACGUCCAGUGUUUGUGCUACCUCUCACACUGUCAUCAUCAUGGACACUUAGAAAGACUACAGAGAGACAACACAGACUGGCUGAGCAGUGUUCAGUCCGCUGUAUGAGCUCUGCAGCCAGAAAGAGGAGAACUCUACGAAGUGCCUUCCCAGUGCUGGACCUGCCUCUCCAGCCGAUCCACCAACAUGUUUAUGAAGCCAACGUCCGAAACAGCAAUGCCUGCCACAACAAAUAUGUAGAAUUCAGUGAGAAAGUGAAGAAAGGGGGAGGAGCCAACGCCAUUGCCAGACACACUCAGAGAAACAAGAAGCUGCUGGUGAGGGAUCGUCUCCGCCUUCUGCUGGAUGAUGAGCAUUUCCUGGAGUUGUCACCAUUCGCUGGUCUGGGUCUGCCGUACGGAGACAUCCCUUCAGCCGGCUGCCUGACAGGCAUUGGUAGAAUCAAUGGUUUGUGGUGUGUAUUCAUUGCCAACGAUGCCACUGUGAAAGGAGGCACAGCUUAUCCAAUCACAGUGAAGAAACAGCUGCGGGCACAGGAAGUGGCAAUUCAGAAUCGCCUACCCUGUGUCUAUCUGGUCGACUCUGGAGGGGCUUUUCUACCUUUACAGUCAGAAAUAUUCCCUGAUAAGAACCAGGGAGGAAGGACGUUCUACAAUGAAGCCAUCAUGUCUGCAAUGAAGAUCCCACAGGUUUCACUGGUAUGUGGGUCGUGCACGGCUGGUGGAGCUUAUAUUCCCACCAUGGCAGAGGAGGCAGUGAUGGUUCAUCGGAUAGGAACUAUAUUUUUGGGUGGACCGCCUCUAGUUAAAGCGGCCACUGGGGAAGAGGUCACCCCAGAGGACCUGGGAGGAGCCAGGCUGCACGCUGAGGUGAGUGGUUGUGUGGACCAUUUUGCCUGGGAGGAGAAGGAGGCGUUUGAAUACACCAGAAAUAUCAUCUCCACCCUCAACUUUCAACUCCCUGAGGAAGAGGAGGAGGAUGAGGAGAAGAUGAGGAAGAGGAUAGCAGAGGAGGAGCCACUGUAUAGUUCACAGGAGCUUCAAGGACUCGCUCCCCUGAGUUAUAACCACACACUGGACACUAAAAUGGUCGUCAGUCGACUGACGGACGGAAGCCGCUUCCAGGAGUUCAAAGCUCGCUAUGGAACGACACUGGUCACUGGUUUUGGAAAGAUUCAUGGACACCUGGUGGGAAUAGUGGCCAAUAAUGGAGAGAUCACAUAUGAAGCUGCUCUGAAGGGAAGCCACUUUGUCCAGUUGUGUGACCAGAGAGACGUCCCACUCCUUUUCCUCCAGAACACAGUACCCACAGCGCCGUUAACCCUCUCCGCACGACAGGCAGACAUCAACAGUAACCGUCUCAAGGCUCAGGGUUCAAUGAUGUCUGCGGUAGCGUGUGCGUCCGUCCCCAAAAUCACCGUGGUGAUUGGUGGUUGCCAUGGUGCUGACAGCUAUGCUAUGUGUGGACGGGCCUUUGACCCCAAUUUCCUGUUCCUGUGGCCCAACGCCAGGGUGUCCAUCACUGCUCCAGGUCACUCCAGCUCUUUGUUUGACCCUGAUGAUGAGCAGCAGGAGGAUUUCAGCAGGAGAUUAAAAGAGGAGAGCUCAGCUUUUUUCUCCUCCGGCAGACUCUGGGACGAUGGAGUCAUUCUGCCUCAGGACACGAGGAAGGUUGUUAGAGACUGUUUGGACAUCAUCAAACAGCAGCACUAUCAGCUUUCCACAGAGAAACUACAGUCAGCACUUUUACGUAUUUAAACAAUCACCGUCCACACAAACUUUACCUCAAACUGACACAUGUUGACACCGAGGCAUUCACAUUUGGAAGCGAGAAAAAGAACUGUUAAUGCAUCAAGAAUAAGAGCGAUAAGACCUCAUCCAACACGGAUGGACUCGACACUGUGGCCUUUAAAAAGCAGCUAAAACCCUUUUGUCUACACUAUUUGUCUUGCCUUAUGUUUUAUUAAUCUCUGUUUCUGCAUUUGAUGCCUUUUUCUUGGUCUAUUCUGUUAUUGUGAAGCACUUUGUGAAUUCUGCUGCUGAAAGGGGCUACAAAAAUAAAACAAAUAUUGGCUGUGCUAAAUGCGAUUGUGUUAGCAACAGGGUAGUUUCAGAUUUUCUUGAGUGACUGAAGAAAUUUCUCACUGUUUUUAACGAUCUGAGGAUAACACACAGUCCAAAUGUGCCUCAUAGAUACUAAUGUCUGUAGUUUUUGUUAAAAUACUACUUUCUAGUAAAUAAUGUACUGUAAAUGAAUCAAUGAAAUGUAAUUGUUUUUUGUAAAAGAAAAAAAAAUGUAAAUACAUCUAUAAUAAUCAAUAAACUGUUGUCUUUAAUUGUAACACUUUUUAUACAGUGAAGGAUCUGAGCACUUGAAACACUCUCAACAUAUCACAGACAGAUUUUGCUGUGACGACUUAUUUUUCUAGAAGAUCCUGCUUUCUUUGGUAUUGUCAGCUCUGAACCUGAAACGCUGCCUAUUUGUCUGAUUUGUUCUGGAACUGAAAGGCUGUGUGAACAAAUUAGGUGAAAUACAACUGUGAUUAAUUAGAUGGAACAUAAGUGAACACAUCAAAAAUAUAAAAUCAAUAAAUGACUUUAGAUUUGUGUAAAAUGUUAACACUGUUUAACAUAUAAGUAUGAUUACACAAAUGUGCUGGUGCUAUUUCAAGGCUAUAACAUUGAAUGUUUACAUUAAAAUACCUAAAAACAACUUGGACUUUUAUACUUUUUCUGACAUG